AUGGAGGGCCGGCACAUAUUGAAGCUGACGUUUGGCAAGAAACCAGCUCAACCGACGCAGAAAUCUCCUACUCCUCCACCGCAACCACCAGCUCCUCCUCCCCCAGCUGCAUCAACUUCAGGUCCAAAGAUCAAACUAAAAUUUGGCCCAAGGCCGCCGUCUCAGCAGCCAGAACCGAAAGCUACCCCGGCAAAGCCUAAGAAGGCCGCGAAAGCCCCCAAGAAUGCUUCCGCGAGCAGCUCAUCAAAAAAGAGGCCUCGAGAUGCGAUAACAGGCAACAAUGGCGUAGGGCCGGGAACAGCUGUAACCGUUGAAGGCACUCCUGUCAAGCGGUUCAAGCUCACUACAAAACCCAAGAUUCCUACGUCCAUCCGAAUUCGAAGCAAAGGCGCGCCACCGGCGCGACCGAAAGGUGUAGGGUAUGAUUCCGAGGCCUCCGAUACCGAAAUCGACCCAGCUCUGGAAGAACAGUUUAUCCUACGGAUGGAGCCUGGGGAGGAUUGCGAUUACUUACGAAAGGCCGUUGAGGAAAAGCGGUUCGGGCCACGCUCGCAAGGCGGCGCGGAUGCGAGUUUCAAGGCACUUACGCGAGAUGGGCGGAGAGCCACAGUUACAAUACGAGGAAACAUAUAUGCUGCUACUCUGGUCGACCUUCCGUCGAUAGUUGAAGGGUUGAAGAGUUGGGAUAAGCGGGGCUGGUACAAGUCUGCAGACAUCUGUCAAAUGCUGUUGGUGCUGGGGAAGGUUAAGUCAGAAGAGGAAGCUCACAGUUAUCCACUACCGAAAGAUAUCGACCCAUCGACAUUCCAAUAUGCGCAUGGUCUAACACCGCCCUUACGCUGGGUGAGGAAACGACGUUUCCGGAAACGUAUCAGCAAUCGAACAAUCGAAGCAGUCGAGUUGGAGGUUGCCAGGCUACUCAAAGAAGACACCGCUGCCAUUAAGCCGCCAGAUUUUGAAAUUAUGGAUCAAAAUCAUUAUGCGCGGGAACAACAAGGGGAACAAGACGGUUUCGAUAUGUACGACGAUGAACAAGACGCAGAAGGCGAAUUCUUUGACGAACAGCAGUACGGCGAACCGUCAGCACUCGACGACGACCUCGCUGCGGAGAUGGAGGCCGAGCUUGCUGCCCAUGCGGAUGCUAGCUCUGCCCCAGCGUCAGCCACUGCGGAUGUCAGCCACACCGGAGAAGGUGGCCAUGAAGUUGAGGUAGAAGGCGAGGUAGAGAUAGGCACGCCUCGAUCGCAACCACAUACCACAGCAGAGUCUUCAGGAGAUGAGGAAGAGAGCGGAAUGUCUACGGCCGAAGAAGCCAAUCAAGGCCUGGAUGAAGAUGCGCUCGAGCAACAGCGUCAACUACAAGAACAACUCGAAGAAAUUGCUGAACUUGAAGCGCUUGUACAGGCCGAGACCCUCCGGUGGGAACAAAUGGGUAACCCAAUCCUGAAGUCCAAGCUGGGCAAACGAGUGCAGAGUUUGAAACAGGCCCUGGAGCUGAAGAAGGUGUCUAUCGGUGAAGGCGGCACAAAUGAAUAG